AUGGCGUCUAACCAAGGUAUCCAGUCGGCUCGAUCUCCUGCACUUGGCAAUGCACGUGACGUCGACCCCGAUUUACACGCAGAGCCGACGGAAGAGACUGCGCUGCUGUCCACAAACGAAGCGAGGGACAAUGAUACGGCCAAGAUCGUUGCAGUCAAUGCAGCCAUGCUGUUGGCUGGAAUGAACGAUGCGGCAACUGGCGCCUUGAUUCCUUACAUCCAGUCUGGCUACAACGUUGGCCUGCUCUCCGUCGCGAUACUAUACCUCAUCAACUUCUCGGGGUGGCUCUUAGCAGCCUUCACCAACGUCCAUGUCACCAGUCGACUUGGUAUGGGUGGCACUCUCGUUAUUGGCGCGUGUCUGCAAUGCUUUGCCUACGCUCUUAAUUUCUGGAAGCCCCCGUUCCCCAUCUUUGGAGCCUCCUUCUUCUUCUCGGGAUUGGGUGUCGCUUAUCUUGAUGCGCAGGCUAAUACAUUCGUGGCACACAUGAGCAGCUCGCAUAGAUGGUUGGGUGUCUUGCAUGCUAUCUACGGCCUUGGUGCCUUGCUGAGUCCUACCGCGGCGACAAUAUUUGGUACCAAAACUCCUUAUUGGCAUCACUUCUACCUAUUGAUGGUUUUUCUUACUGUUAUCAAUAUCGCGGUAGUGUCUUGGAGUUUCAGGGAUAGUCUAUUUAAGCCAUCCGAGGCGUCUGAUUUAGAGGCUAGUGGCCAGCUCAAGACAGCCCUGUCGCAAAAGUCAGUUUGGAUGCUGAGCAUCUUCUUCUUUCUCUACGUUGGGGCCGAAGUUACUUCAGGUGGCUGGGUUAUCGAGUUUCUCAUCGCAGUGCGCAAUAGCCCCCCUGAUAUCGCUGGUUAUGUGGCGUCGGCUUACUGGGGCGGUCUUAUGCUUGGUCGUAUCCUUUUGGCAGAUAUCACCCACAAGCUUGGUGACCGGCUCAUGGUCUUUAUCUACAUUCUUAUUGCCCUUGGACUCCAGUUGAUCUUUUGGUUCGUGCCAAACGUUAUCGUAGAUUCAAUCGCUGUCAGUCUACUUGGCUUUUUUAUUGCCCCAUUCUUCCCUGUUGGAUUAACAGUUCUUACAAAACUCUUGCCGCGAGAUCUGCAUGUUGCUGCUAUUGGGUUCACUGCUACUGUCGGCCAAGCUGGAUCUGCUGCUUUCCCAUUCCUGACGGGGGCCAUUGCUUCCAAAGCCGGUGUCAUUGUUCUGCAGCCUAUCAUGGUGGCGUUGCUUGCUGGCAUGUUUGCCUGCUGGGGACUGGUACCUCGUGUAAAGCGGGGGUGA